UUCGAGGCGAACGGCAAGCUGGCGCUCAGCCACAGCGUCGCGGCGGCCGCGGUCGCCGCCGCCGGCAAGGCAGAACACUACCACAUAUUCGUCGGUGACCUGAGCCCGGAAAUCGAGACGCAAACCCUUCGAGAAGCCUUCGCGCCGUUCGGCGAAAUCUCAGACUGCAGGGUAGUUCGGGAUCCUCAAACCCUCAAGUCUAAAGGUUAUGGCUUUGUUUCCUUCGUCAAAAAAGCGGAAGCGGAAAGCGCCAUCACCGCGAUGAACGGCCAGUGGCUGGGCAGCAGGAGUAUCCGCACCAACUGGGCGACAAGGAAACCGCCCGCCCCCAAGAACGAAGUGAACUCCAAGCCGCUGACCUUCGACGAGGUGUACAACCAGUCCAGCCCCACCAACUGCACAGUCUACUGCGGCGGCCUCACCAACGGCCUCACCGAGGAGCUCAUGCAGAAGACCUUCUCGCCCUUCGGCAACAUCCAGGAGAUCCGCGUGUUCAAGGACAAGGGAUACGCCUUCGUGAGGUUCUCGACGAAGGAGUCGGCGACGCACGCCAUCGUGGCCGUGCACAACACCGACAUCAACGGCCAGACCGUGAAGUGCUCCUGGGGCAAGGAGUCGGGUGACCCGAACAACGCCCAGGCGGCCGGACAGCCUCUGACCGGCGCGCAGUUCCCGUACGCCUACGGCCAGCAGAUGGGCUACUGGUACCCGCAGAGCUACCCCACCACGGCGGCGACUGCGGCGGCGGCCCAGAUGCAGGGCCAGUUCCUGCAGGGCAUGCAGGGCUACACCUACGGCCAGUUCGGCUACCAGCAGGGCUACAUGGGCAGGAUGGGCAUGCAGCUGCCGGCAGCCUGGCAGGGCAUCCCCGGCCAGCCGCAGAUUCCCGCAGCCGCGCAGCAGAUGGCAGCUGCGGCGCAAGGCGCGGCCAUCCAGCAGCCGGGCGGCAUGAUGGCUUACCCGAUGCAGCAGUUCCAGCUAGCGGAUGAAGACUGGUUAGCGCCCAGCCUACUAGUUUGAUGGUAAAACAGGGGAAUACGAACACAACGCAGCGAAAGCGGCCAUCUUGUGAACUGGGCCAGUGAUGACGUCACCGCUAGACCCUCUACUCGACUCGUUUCCGAGGACAUGCGAUCAGAAUACACUUACCCAAAAACCAUUAACCUGCAUGCUUAUGUUAAGAAGACUUUGUACAUAGAACCGCGUGCACUUUUGAAUAGGAGCUUCAACCCAAAUGGUUUCAAAACUGCAAACUUAUGUAUUGUUGUCAAUAACACUCGUAAAUUGCAAGUAGCUUGCCAAAGUAUCGUAUUUACAGCGAUAGAUAUUUCACGCAUGGGGAAAUAAUAUUGCGUACACUAUGAACAAACAUAUUAUAUUCCAAACUUGAUUAUGUAUAUUAAAAUAAUGAGUGAUGGACAUGUGUUAUUUUAAAAUAAAGGAAGCACUUAUAUAUCUACGAAACGUAAAAGUUAUGUGGAUUGUGUAGUUUACAAAGAGUUGAUGUGUAAAUUUGAGUGGGGCUUAUUUUCGUAGCAGCGAAGACGAUGUCGUGAAAUGAUUGCAUCUAGUUGUUAAAUAUUAUUAUAUAUAUUAUAAAGGGUGAUACCCCCUUUAAGAUGUACAAAGUUCAGUGUAGCUAGAUAAAAGGUAAAGUGAAGAAAAAUAUCCAGUGUAGCUUAGAAAAAAAUCAAACCCUAGCGAAGAAACGUUUUAAUAACAAGUAGACACGCAAACUCGACCUGGGGUUUGGUUAUUGGUGAUAUACAGUACAUAUAUACAUAUAAAAAACCAAAGCAAAAAUACCAAAAAACAGAUGGCAUAACCUAAAUAGUUGAUACAGGUAGAUUAGAUUUUAAAUGUAGAAAUAUAUAACCCAAUGUGCUACAUGUAUCCGGUAUAAUAAAAGGCAAUUCGCACUCAAUGCUGAGAUGUCAAAUGAUGAUUUGCAGAGGAGUAAAUCUUUAAGGAAAAGGAAAAAAAA